AUGAAUACAUCAAUUGAAUCUGAAAUUUUCAACACAUCUGCCUUGGCAGUUUCAUAUGUCUUUUCAUUAUUCAAGUCCAAAGUUACAACAUGGACGUUGUCUGCUUUGCUCAAUUCUUGCAAACCCGAAGCCGAAGCAGGAUUUCUAGCGGUUGCAAUAACCACAUUUUCAGGAUUUUUGCUUAAUAAAGUAGCCAAACUAAGACCAAUUCCACGAGAAGCACCAGCAAUAAAAAAUACUUGUUUUGCCAUUUUUUGUGGUUCUUUGUACUCAAUUGAGGUAUUAUAUACCGUGUGGAUGGUGUGUGCUGCGGUGAUAAGGCGGAAAAUUGUGUGGCUGUUACUAAUGAGUGGAACCAUGUUAAAUGGUUGCAAUUUCCCCAUUGAGCCUUAUUUCCGACUUAAGCCCGACCACUUACUAAUUGAAAAGGGUACGGCUCAAACAUAUCAAGCCAGGCCAAACUAA